AUGACAACUUUUAUCUGCAGAGCUACUCAACCAGUAGGGGAAAAGAGCUGCUCUCAGCCUGUAGGGGAACAGAGGAGCCCUCAGCCUGUAGGGGAACAGAGGAGCCCUCAACCUGUAGGGGAAGAGAACAGCCCUCAGCCUGUAGGGGAACAGAGCAGCCCUCAGCCUGUAGGGGAAGAGAACAGCCCUCAGCCUGUAGGGGAACAGAGCAGCCCUCAGCCUGUAGGGGAACAGAACAGCCCUCAGCCUGUAGGGGAACAGAGCAGCCCUCAGCCUGUUGGGGAAGAGAACAGCCCUCAGCCUGUAGGGGAACAGAGCAGCCCUCAGCCUGUAGGGGAAGAGAACAGCCCUCAGCCUGUUGGGGAAGAGAACAGCCCUCAGCCUGUAGGGGAACAGAGCAGCCCUCAGCCUGUAGGGGAACAGAGGAGCCCUCAGCCUGUAGGGGAACAGAGGAGCCCUCAGCCUGUAGGGGAACAGAGGAGCCCUCAACCUGUAGGGGAAGAGAACAGCCCUCAGCCUGUAGGGGAACAGAGCAGCCCUCAGCCUGUAGGGGAAGAGAACAGCCCUCAGCCUGUAGGGGAACAGAGCAGCCCUCAGCCUGUAGGGGAACAGAACAGCCCUCAGUCUGUAGGGGAACAGAGCAGCCCUCAGCCUGUUGGGGAAGAGAACAGCCCUCAGCCUGUAGAGGAACAGAGCAGCCCUCAGCCUGUAGGGGAAGAGAACAGCCCUCAGCCUGUUGGGGAAGAGAACAGCCCUCAGCCUGUAGGGGAACAGAGUAGCCCUCAGCCUGUAGGGGAAGAGAACAGCCCUCAGCCUGUAGGGGAACAGAGCAGCCCUCAGCCUGUAGGGGAACAGAACAGCCCUCAGCCUGUUGGGGAAGAGAACAGCCCUCAGCCUGUAGGGGAACAGAGCAGCCCUCAGCCUGUAGGGGAACAGAACAGCCCUCAGCCUGUAGGGGAACAGAGCAGCCCUCAGCCUGUAGGGGAACAGAGGAGCCCUCAGCCUGUAGGGGAACAGAGGAGCCCUCAGCCUGUAGGGGAACAGAGGAGCCCUCAGUCUGUAGGGGAACAGAGGAGCCCUCAGCCUGUAGGGGAACAGAGGAGCCCUCAGCCUGUAGGGGAACAGAGGAGCCCUCAGUCUGUAGGGGAACAGAGGAGCCCUCAGCCUGUAGGGGAACAGAGCAGCCCUCAGCCUGUUGGGGAAGAGAACAGCCCUCAGCCUGUAGGGGAACAGAGCAGCCCUCAGCCUGUAGGGGAAGAGAACAGCCCUCAGCCUGUAGGGGAACAGAGCAGCCCUCAGCCUGUAGGGGAACAGAGCAGCCCUCAGCCUGUAGGGGAACAGAGCAGCCCUCAGCCUGUAGGGGAACAGAGGAGCCCUCAGCCUGUAGGGGAACAGAGGAGCCCUCAGUCUGUAGGGGAACAGAACAGCCCUCAGCCUGUAGGGGAAGAGAACAGCCCUCAGCCUGUAGGGGAACAGAGCAGCCCUCAGCCUGUAGGGGAACAGAGCAGCCCUCAGCCUGUAGGGGAACAGAGCAGCCCUCAGCUUGUAGGGGAACAGAGCAGCCCUCAGCCUGUAGGGGAACAGAACAGCCCUCAGCCUGUAGGGGAACAGAGCAGCCCUCAGCCUGUAGGGGAACAGAGCAGCCCUCAGCCUGUAGGGGAACAGAGCAGCCCUCAGCCUGUAGGGGAACAGAGCAGCCCUCAGCCUGUAGGGGAACAGAGCAGCCCUCAGCCUGUAGGGGAAGAGAACAGCCCUCAGCCUGUAGGGGAACAGAGCAGCCCUCAGCCUGUAGGGGAACAGAGCAGCCCUCAGCCUGUAGGGGAACAGAACAGCCCUCAGCCUGUAGGGGAACAGAGCAACCAAAAUAUAGUUCCCCUUUAA